CCUCACAAACAUGGCACCUGACGUCGGUCCGCUUUGAUUCUGAGCACGCGUAGAUUUGCGAACGGUGCGUGUCGCGCGCGCCAAUGACGUCGCUGGCCGCUGCCCUCGCUGGGAGGGACGCGGCGGGAGGCUGCCGCCGGACACGUGGGGAUGGAGCCGGACCAGGGCGCCAGGCGGCUGCGGAGGAGCCGGAGGCUGCAGGCGCUGGGGCUAGAGCCGGCGCCCGACCGUCCCCGGGAGGAGCCUCCGGCUCCGCCGCUCGGCCCCGAGAAUGGGCAAGCGGGUGCCCCCGGGGAGCCCGGCCGCGGCGAGACCCUGGGGGCGGCCCCGGCCCUGCAGCGGCGGAAUCCGGGCAAGGAGGCGCCGGCGGUUCCCAAGGGGAAACCCAAAUCCGGGCGGGUGUGGAAGGAUCCCGGCAAGAAGCGGUUUUCCCAUAUGAUUCAGGACAAGCCCCUCCACACCACCUGGGAGCGAAAGAUGAAAGAGCGCCAGGAGAAGAAAAUAGUCAAGGAUUUUGCCCGACAUCUUCAGGAAGAAAAACAGAGGGAGCGUGAGGAGAAAAAGCAGCGCCGGGAAGAGAACUUGAAACGACGCCUGGAGAACGAGCGGAAGGCGGAGAUCGUACAAGUGAUCCGGAAUCCGCUCAAGCUGAAGCGUGCCAAGAAGAAGCAACUGCGCCGGAUCGAGAAGCGGGAUACGCUGGCACUAUUGCAGAAACGCCAGGCGCAGCGCAAAGAGGCCAAGGAGUGAGGCUGCAGAGGGGAAGGGGAAUAAAGCUCAGGGCAGCUGUUUCUCUGGGGUCCAUCUGUCCUGACACUGCUUUCCCAGCUAUCCUGCCCAUCGCCUCCUUAUGCCUUCGCUGGGGACUCCCCAUCACCUCUCCUCCCUGCAGUAGGCUGAUCAGCUGCGCUGAGUACACGCUGGCUCACUCACGAGGGGUUAUACAAACUCACGGGCCGCACGGCUGCUCUUAAAUGGAAACCUGCAUUGUCUUCUCUUGCACCAGCGAGGCAGGAUGCUGCAGUCCACAGCGCUGGGAGGUGUCAUAAGCCCUAAUGAGACAGGGAUGAGGUGUCCUCAUACUGCCUGACUUGGGGCAAAGAAACCAAAGACCGUGGCAGCUGAGCCAAUGUGUGAACUGGAGCCCCUGCUGUUAAAGGCUCUGAAUCCUCUUAAGCAGCGCACGCUCACUGGCUUGUGGAGCUGGUGGGAGCAGGGCUGGAGUAGGGAGCUGCUUCUGGUGUCUGUCUUGGCCUGUGCCUCAAUAAUUUGAUCUUCUGUUAGGAGGAACCACAUAGAAAAAGAUUUGGGUUUGUAGGGACCUAGGUUGUGGACUGGGUGCUGUCUGUUGCUGUCUUAUAUUUGUAAUGGUCUGUCACCUUGCUCUGUGGUAAAGGACAGAAGUCCCAGCUGCCCAGAGUAGGCCAAGCUUCUCUCCCAUCAAUCAGCCUCUUCCCCAGGUUUGAGGUGGGUGUUCAUCCUUCUUGCCUUAUCCAAUUGGCCUUUCUGCUGAGACUGACAACCAGGGGCCUGAUUAUUAAAUGAGAGGGUGGGUUUUUAUUUUGCUGGACUCUUCCUGGAAAUCUGCCACAGGUGACCCACUAACUCGUUGAAGAGGUUCCUGGCAACAGCUAGGAGAGGAUGACGGUGGGUUGCUCCCAACCACAUCAGGGCUGUAUGUGAGAAGGGAUUUGUUGAUCCAUCCAUGUUUGCUCUGGCCAAAGAAAUGAAACAGAAGGAAAAAUACCAGCCAAGCCUGUGUCCUGCUCGCUCCUUUCCAUCCAGAGGAGUGUAAGGCGCAGGGAGUGUCCACAACAAACACUGGUGGGGAUGGCGGGAGGGAGUCAGACAUGCUGUGCAGGAGCCAUUCAGCAUGGGGUGAAGGCUUGCGGCCCUGAAAGGGGCAGCGGGUAGCUGUGCGCUGCCUGCGCCCACAAGAGCUGCCUGGCAGCUCCCAUUGGCUGCAGUUCCCCCACCCCAGGGGCUGCAGAGACAUGCCAGCUGCUUCCGGGAGCAGCGUGGGGCCAGAGCAGGCAGGGAGCCUGCUUAAGCCUCUCUGCAUUGCCACUGGGAGCCACCUGUGGUAAGCGCCUUCAGGCCAGAGCCUACACCUCGCACCCCGUCCUGCACCCCAGGCCCCAGUUCAGAGCUGCCUCCUGGCCUCCAAGCCCCUGCCCCAGGCUCGUCCCGGAGACCCCUCCCACACAUAAGGAAGCAGGGGGGCGCUUGUGUGUAAAGUGAAUUGCUGGGAGGGGACAGGAUGGAGUUCGGUGAGGGGUAGAUCUGUAAAAAGAAGGAUAGAGUGGUGAGGUGGGCCUGAGGUGAAAGGGGAUGGUAGUGAGGAUUAAGGCUGGGCAUGAGGGACACUUAGAGGUGUGGCCAGACGUGUAUAUGAUAACAGGGCCUUUGAUUGAUACCUCCUGCCAGGCCGAUUCCUGUAGCAAUAGAUCAGCCCAUCACCUGCAGUUGGCAGCCCUCAGUUGCUGGACUUCUGCCUCCAGCCCUGCCAGGCCCAAGCGGUGCAUCCUGUCGCCUCGCUGCACCAGCAGGCCUAGCAACCCGCUGAGCUGCUGCAUCCAUCCCCCAAGGUGAGUCCUGCAGCUGCCACAGUAACAGGCCCAUGUGGAAGAGCCUGCCUGGCCAGGUUCACUAUGGUAAAAGUAGGUGGUGGAGCCCAUAGCAGAGGGGCAGGAUGCCCACUGAGGCUUAGCUGCUGCUUCCCCAGUGGGUGAAGGGUGGAUAUGGCAGCAGCCAUGGAAUUCUGCCCGGCUAUGCUGGUAACCAGUCCCUCUCUCACUGGGCAUUCACGUGAUAGCAGGGAGUGUUUGGCAAUUGUGUGAGUGCCUCUGUCCCUGGUAGAUGCUACGCUGCCAAGGAUCUGACUCACCUGCUCCUGGGUAGGAAUGGGCGGCCAGGAGCACUGGGUGCUCUCUGCGAACAAAUAUGGGGCAGGAAGCACCACAGCUGGGUUUUAUUCCCAGUCCUGCCACUGGGCCUCUCAUUAUCUCCCUGUGCCUGGAAGGUCUGUAAAACAGGCCACCUGCAAGGCCCAGGAGAGGGGUUAAUGCAGUGAUUCUCUGACAACAGUCUAGAAGGGCUGAGUGGGAGUGAUACAUGAGACAACCCUGACAAGCUCCCUCAUGGACCUUGCGCCAUGGAACAAAUUAAGGUAUUGGGCAAGUUCACAGGUCCUCUAACCAGGAGUACAAUAUCCAGUUGGUUGGCUAAAAUGUCUGAUAUACCUGGGACAACAGGAACAGAUGUCUCAACCAUGGUUGCAAAAGAACUAAAUAACCCUUGCAUGUUUGAGUUAGAGGAAUCUAAAAGGUUAGAAGAUUCCUGAAGCCAGGUUCAGCAGUUGCUUCAGUAGCAACUGGAAUUUUGAUGUAGGGAGAAGGCUCAGCUUGAGAACUCCACAUUACAAGAGAAAGGUUUAAAGGUUGAGCUGAAGAUUAAAUAGCUGUAAUGCACUUGUGAUCAGCAAUGGCUUGAAAUAUUAAGGGAGCAAGAUUGCUGUUUAAGGAAAAUGGCCACAAAGGCGGCAAGCAGUAAAUGUGGUUCUGAACUCUCAACACCAGCAGACUUUGGCUAACCAUGCAUAUUGCCAACAGGAAGCAGCUUGCUUAUAGGAAGAGCUGCAGGCUAUGAAGGUAGUAAACAGUGCAGCUCAGGGAAGCAGUGCUGUAGUGAGCAUUAAGAAAGUUGUGUUCAGAAAAUUGGAGGAAAAGAACAGGGUUAGCUCUCCUACGAGUUCAGAAAACUUUUUCUGGACUUCUUUAUGGAAGUAAUAUCAAUAACCUGAAAAGAAGUGAAGUUUUUCUUCCCAGUAGGGGAUUCUGAUUCUGUAGAGAAACAAUGGGUAAAAGAAAAACCAGAGUCAUGUAUGACUUGGAAAUUAGUGCAUGGAAAUCCCGAGUUGACUCUGGAUGGGAAGGUACCGUGUGAUGUAACACAAUCAGAAGGAACAUUAGUGUCACAAUUUGGUUUAACAAUGAAAACAGCAGUAAUGUUUAAUAAUUCAUAUACUGCUUUAAACAGUCUAGGAAAAGUUGUAGGUAAAAUACAGAAAGGAUGGCCACCCCCAAAGAAAAAACCUCAAGGUGCACUGCUGAUAACUUUCCCCAACAAUGGGCCACAAGGAAAAGAGGAACCAGCAAAAUAAAAUAAAGGGGAACCAAGGAAAGAAGAGGGCAAAGAUAAAAGUCUUGCCCCUUGUGAAAAGAAGAGAAUUUCUGAUCCAGGCAGAAAUUGGCUUUGGAGAAAAUUGCUACAGUAUGAGCCUCUGGAUCAGAUUGAUAGGCUACCCACUGAAGAAUUGUUUCCGAGAUUGGCAAGUCAUGAACAAACCUAUGGCUCCCCCAUGCUCCAAAGACCAAGUACAGGCGGCGGUCCGCCUCCUUAGCUCCCCAUUGUCAGCAAACGAUCAUGCUGACCUAGUGGCACGUUUAAAAUGGGUUGAAUGGGGAAGACCCACAGUUUAUGUGGUGAUUAAUAGCAGAGCAUUCAAACAAAAUAUGUUAGUAGACACAAGUGCCACUUUUGGUACGGGUAAAAAGAAUUUAUUUGGACCACCAGUAGCAAUAAAAAGAUUGCAAGGAUUUAAUGAAACAGAAAGUAAAGUGCCAUUUAGCUAGCCAAUAUGUUUUUGGUUAGGAACAAAUCAAGGAAUAGGACAAUUUGGCCUGAUAAAUUUGGAUGGCAAUGGAAUAAUAGGAAUAGAUAUGUUGAAUAAUGGUAGCCAACUAGUCAUAGGCACUGACUUCCCCUUUUUCCCCAUGGGCCCUCAACCCCCCUCCUCUGCCCUCAGCUCCACCCCUUCCAUGAAGUCCCGCCCCUGCCCCACCCCGCCCCCAUUCCAACACCUUCCCCAAAGUCCCUGCCCCAACUCCUCCCCCUCCCUGCCCCUAUUCCAACUCCUUCCCCAAAUCCCCACCCCGCCUCCUCCCCCUCCCUUCCGGAGCGUGCUAAUGUUGCCAAACAGCUAGGUGGGAAGUGCUGGGAGGUAGGCAGAGGAGUGAGGAUGCGGCGAGGUUGGGGGAGGGGGAGGAGAGCUUGCCUGCCAGUGGGUGCACAGCACCCACUAAUUUUUCCCUGUGCGUGCUCCAGCCCCGGAGCACCCAUGGAAUCAGCACCUAUGCAACUAGUAUUAAUGGACGAAGUGAACGCUUAUAGGAGAAACCUUGAAAGAGCUCAGUAGAAUAGCAAGGCAGAUGAACAGGCUGAGAAAGGAACCAAGGGGGGGAUAGUGUGGCAGCCACAAUUCCGAUCAACCCCAAUAGCAAAAAUAGAAAGAACAAAUUGAUUUAGUAGUGCUUCAGAACAGGGAUCCUGAGAUAAAGAAAUUGGGAACAACAUAAAAAUAGCAGGGAUGAAAGAUUUGGCAGAAUGAAACAGGAUUAGUGUUAGCUACCAAAACAGAAAAUAACAUGUUUGUAUGGGUUGUGCCAACAGAAGUUAGAUCUGAAAUUAUAGCCUUAGUUCAUAAUAAUGGACAUUUAGUGAUGGAUAAAACUCUUACUUGGCCACAUCCUGUUGCCUACUAUCAGAACAGAUGUGGAAGAAUAUGUGAACAACUGCCUACCCUGCGCUGCCAAUAAUGCAGAUACCAAGAUAGUAAAAGGGCCAUUGGGACAUCAAAGAAUAGAAGGCCCAUGGGUCAGGUUACAGAUUGAUUAUAUUGGUCUGCUUCAAAAACUGCAAGAGGAAAACAGUAUUGCCUGGUAACAUGGGAUCUUUUUAUAAAAUAGGCAGGAGAGACCCCCUAACUGAUGUCAGUAUAGACAGGGGGAGAAUUUGACGGGUUUGUUAUGUGGAUACUGGAUCCACAUGUUCCAUCUUGCUUACCAUUGGAAAUCCCAUAGAAUUUAUACCAUAUAUUUCAGCUGAUGAAAAAGCGAUUCAAGGUAUUCACAGAACAGAGGGCUCAAUCCCAUUAAGCAUCCCUGUAAUGAUGGAAAUAGGAAACAGAAGAAUGGCAGGAAUUAGAGUGGUACUCAUGGAAAUAGGACUAAUCAGUUUUGGAAUAAUAGGAAGGGAUAUUCUUACACAAAUGUAAUGCACAGUUGAUUUUGUCAAUGGAGUUGUGUGGACCAUAAAUUGAAAAAUAAUUGUAAACAAAACAAAGUAAAAAGAGAUCUGCUACACAGAGCUCUGGGAGGGGCAGGAACAGGUCUUGGAGUGUUAAUUAAAUGCAGUAGGACAGUACUAGGAGCUUUGUCUAAACCCCUUAAAAUAACUUUAAAUGAGAUAAGCACUAGCCAUCGGCUGAUAGCUAGUUUGCUCCCUGGAUGGGAGAAGCUACAAGAAGUGGAUCACUUACCUCCACUGGUCGUAAUACUGCUAUUACAGAGCAAUGUAUCUAUGGCAUUAGCUUGUAUACAAGCACAAACACGGACUAAUGAUGUGGUAAAGGACAUCAUAAGGGAUGGAAUGAGUGGGAUUUUGCCUUUAGAAAUAAGAAGCAUUAUGUAGAAAUAUGCUACUAUCUCUGAACAAAAAUUGUAUUCUUGGUAGAAAAUGAUAAAUUUUACACAUGAUGUACAAUUAAAUCAAAUUACCAGCUAUAUAGUGAUGAUGUCUGAUGCUCAGAUAGAAUGGAUUUUGGCAUUAGGAUUAAAUGUUAAUGACGGUUUAAUGCAGCCAGUGGAACAUAAAUUGUGGGGCAUGAAACAAACCUUUGUAUGGAAAACUGGAAUUUGAAGCCUGCAUGGAAGAGUGUGGGUAUUGGAUAUGUUUGCAGUUAUGAUACUAUACAACCAUAUGAUAUAUGUUUAAGAUAUCAUUACCAACUAGAUCCUUUUCCACUUAAUGGAUCUGUAGUUGUGUAUUUAGGAAAUGUGUAUGUACUGGAAGUUGGUGUAACUGGUUUAAAGUUAAUCGUUUGUUUAUCAUAACACAUGAUCCUCAGGAAAACCAAUGUCUAUGCAAUAUAACUACUAUAAUAGGAUGUGAUUUUAAUUUUUCAUUGCCUGAAAGAAAAAGUGAAGACAUUAAAGAUCAGUUUCAGAUAUAUAUCAAGAUUAACCCAAUACCAUUGGGAAUGAACAUAAGUCUAGUUAGGUAGCUAUUAAGGCAUUCUGACUUACAAAAACAAUUACAGAUAGCUCAGGAAAGUACACAAAAAGUCAUGAUCAUUGCACACCACUCUAGUGAUGAACAAGUUAUGGAACGAAUACAAAAAGAUACUAAACAUAGGUGGUGGAAGAUACUUUUGGAAUGGUCUCCCACAGCAACAGGAUUCUUUAAUGCUAUUCUACAUCCUUUAGUAAUAAUUUUGGUGUUUCAGGUUUUGGUGGCAAUCACACUUAUCAUUUUGGUGUGCUUGCCCAAAGAGAAAUUUAAGCAGCUGCAGCAUAUACUGUCCACAAGUCUUAAAAGAGCUAUAAUGGUGCACGAGGUGUGCAGCCUUAGUGAGGCAGAAUCAAGGAUGACAAGAUAUUGUGCCAGCAAGAAGAAAUAUCUGUUUGGUCUCAUGGAGAGCCUUGAGCUAAUGCUGGACAAAACUGAACAUCCACUGAACUCACGAAUUAGGUGUUGGAUUGAUAAACAAGCAUAUCACGCAAUAAGGAGGGGACUGAUACAAGAGAUUUUUCUGGCUGCCCUAUUCUGUGUGGAAAUACAGCACUAGAAGCACUGUCCAGAACUAAAGGUGCUGACCUGUUACCAUUAGUUGAAGCAGGGAGAAAUUGAGAUUUGGGCUUGUUUGAAUUAGUGAAAUUGGAGUGGUGACAGUGAAACAUAAUGUUAAGAUACAUAUACAUGUAUAAUUUGUUUAAUAAUCAUGAGGAUUUAAAUAGUUAAUAAAGAUGGUUUUAAGCGGUUAUGGCGGCUGCAAGAAAUCAAAGCUGGGAAAACCAAACUGGAGGCCUUAGAAUGAUCUGGCCAAGGGCAAGCAGGCGGGUUGGGGGUGAAAUAAAGGUCACUCCAAAAACCUGAAGAGAGGGGUCAGUUAGGUAGAACACAGGUCUUCAAACUGGUCCAGCCUUAAUAGCACAGGUUUUCAGUCAGGUCCAGCUUUGAUUGACAGGUGAAGGCCUUGAAGCUGAUUGGUUCUCUUUUAAAUCCCAAUCAUUAUCAGCCAAUCAGGAUAAGCUAAAAUCUGUAUAUAAGGCAGAGAACUGACAGGCUUUAGUUAGUUUGUCUGCCUCAGUGUGAGUGGAAGGAGUUGGAAUGAGUGGGAGAAGAAAAAGAAACUCAACUAAAAGAGUUGAAAUCAUAAGAAGACAGAGAGCAGAAACAAAGUAGCAAUGACAACAUUAGGUCUGACAGAUCAGAAGGACCUAGACUAGAGGGAAGGAAAACCAACAGGAAAGUAAGCCCAUAAUGAGAAAUAAACUGAGUGAAUAGGUGUGUAUGGGAUAAUAAAGCUGGAUAUUUGUGUAUAUAUGCUUAAUGUUUAAGAACUUGCUGUCAGCAUCCUAUAUGUUAUUAGCCACUGCAUAUAGAAUGUAACCACUUAAAGCUAUUUUCCAGUUGUAGGAUAUUGUAAUUUUGAGUACUUUAAUGUGCAUCUGUGCUAAUAGAAUUCUAUGCUUUUGUUAAGAAAAUAUGAAUGUAUUUCUUUUAAUAUAUUUUAAAUUUGCUGUUUUCUUAAUAUGUUUUAGAUUUACUUUAUUAGGAAAUAUUGUGUUAAAUAAAGAUUAUUUUUGUUGUUGAAGGA